AUGUCUGCCAACGACAGUCCCAUGACGCGCUUUCUCUUUGCGAUCCUGCAGCAGAAAUGUCUCAAGGAUAUCGACUGGGAGAAAGUCGCCCACGACCCGAUCCUGCUGCAGGACAUCUCCAACGGCCACGCGGCGCGCAUGCGCUACUCGCGGUUCAAGUCCACCAUGCUGGGCCUGCAGCCGCAGCGCCGGAACCGCACCGCCUCCAAUCCCUCUCCUACUGGUACAUCAUCAUCCCGCGUCUCCAAGAAGAAGCGAGACGACAAGGCCCGGCGCAACAACGAGCGAGACGCCGCCGCCGCCGCCACCGCCGCAGCCGUCAAGCUUGAGACCGGAGGCAUCAUCAUCAAGCCCGAGCCCGACGUCCUCGGCGGCAGGCGGCUGUUUCCCGCCACCACUACCAGCACCACCACUGCCACCACCCCGGAGCCGCCCCACCAUCACCACCAGCAGAUGGCCGGUCUUGACCUAGGAGGGGGAGAUAUGCACGCGCGCAGCAUGCACAUGCAGCGGCUGCUGACGCCGUGUAGUGACUCGGACGUUAUGGCUGCCUCUACCGCCAUGGCUGCCACCGCACACCCCUUCUCUACCAUGGCGAGCCCCGGCAGCGAGAUGGAUAUUCUCAGACAACAGCAGCAGCAGCAGCAGCACGCCGACGCGCCGUUUGACUUUUCCGGCGGCGUGCACCACAACCAACAGCACGACAACAGCAGCGGCUCGUGGCACCACCACCACCACCAGGCCACGUACCAGAGCCCGUCGUCCUACCACAGCCCGGCGUCGUACUCGGGUUUUGCUCUUGGAUAUGGGAACGGUGGUGAUGAUGGCAGCGAGGGCGAUUACGACGUGUUGGGUGCCAUGCUGGAGCAGCAUGACGACGGUGUUUGA